AUGGUUUCUUUCUGGCCCUGGAAGGGCAAGGACUCUUCUUCCCCGGCCUCCUUCGAGAAGACUCUGUCGACUCUUUCUACCAAGAUCACUGCGAAUCAGUCGCAGCUCGACCGCCUCCGCUCCAACUCCCGCCGCGUCAAAGUCCUCUGGACUCUCUACCUUGCUUUUGCCUAUCUCGUCUACGCUAUCGUCUUGACUCUGGUUGUGGGAUGGAAAAAUCUGGGACCAUGGGAGUGGACUGGAAUGGCCGGCGGCCCCGUGGUCAUCUACCUCAUAAGAACUGCAACGAACGCCUAUUUCAGCUUCCGUGUCGAUACCCUCGAGUCUCGCUUGAAAGACCAGCAAGCUGAGCGGGCCAAGACCAUCCAGAAACUGAAAGAUGCCACCAGAUAUGACUCGACUCUCGAGCUGUUGGAGAAGUACGGGGGAUCGGGCGAGAAACGCGGGAAGACUAAGAAGGGAGGCGACGCCGGCGAAGAGGGCCAAAUUCAACAGAAGAAAGGCCCUGGCAAGAAAGGGCGUCAGAGUACUGGUCGAACAAAUCUUCCUCCUCCGCCAACCGCGAAUAUCCAGAGACCCCCUUCAGCCCCGGGCACACCGCAAAGUCGACAAGCCCCAUAUCCGAUGCCACCUCCUCAGGCCCCAUCGCCACACCACCCCACCGAGGAAUUCGCGCCAAAUGCUGGUCCUCUACCUAUGGGUCAAUACGACAUGAAUCCAGGCCCACCACGCUGGUAUGAUCGAAUUAUGGAUCUGAUGCUCGGUGAAGACGAGACGGCGCCCAAGAACCGCGUCGUCCUGAUAUGCGAGAAAUGCAGACUCGUCAACGGACAAGCUCCUCCUGGCAUCAAGAGCCUCUCCGAGCUCGGAACUUGGAAGUGCAUGGGCUGUGGAGCCAUGAACGGUGAAAUGGAUGAAGGCAAGAAGAUCAUGCGAGAGGUCCUCAGAGGAAGGGAGGGCGCUGGUACGGAAAAGGGGAGUGAAGAUGGAAGGGACAGCGACGAAACGAGCGACGCGGUCAAGGUCGAACAAGGGGAUGACGACACCGACGAUGAACCCCAAGCUCAUGCCAACAUGCAGGAUCCCAAGAAAAAUCUCCGAAACAAGAAAUCGCAAAUGGUUCCAUAG